AAUAUUUUUUAUUUAAAAACCGACUAAACUUCAAGAAUCAUGGCAAAACUGGACGAUUUCCUGUCAAAAAAGAAGGAAACCACGCCCAUUUUGGAUUUAUCGAAAACUACGUGCAAUUCCAAGGAGGAAUUUCGUCGCCUACUUGAAAAAGUACCCGAUUUCAAGAUCAAGCCAGAAAAAGUGAGCGUGGAGAGCCUGAAAAUUAAGGAGAAAAGAUUUGGGUUCAAGUCGGGUAAAAAGGACUUGAAGGGCAUGAAAGAACCGUAUCAAUUCAUGAACCCUCUGCCUGUCGAGAUGCAGAAUUUGAAAAUUGAUGAUUUGGCUGGUGUUUCGAUUGAUUGGAGAAUGCUGACAACGUUGAGACCAAAAAGUAAAAUGGAAGAAAACUUCUUCUCCAGGUUGGUAGAACUGGGAAAAUUGGAAAACAAGAGCCGUGCAGCUGAAAAACGCCAAUUUCAACUGGACCCUCAAAUCAGGAAAAUAAAAAACAAAUCUGGAGUGGUCGAAAUGAGGGUUGUGUCCUGUGCUGAAUGUGGAGAAGACUUCUGUACUGGUAAAACAUGCUCAGUUUUUGGAUACGAUUCUUUUACCAGUCAAGCGGAGGUACUACAAACGUCUCAAAAGGUACUGUCACCCACCUCAGGUGAAAAGAGUAAACGGAAAAUCAAGAGGAAAUCAAGAUCAAAGAGUCGCGGCAAACGCAAGGGAAAAUCAAAAUCGAAAAGCCCGAAAAAACGAAGUGCGUCGAAAAAUAAAUCAAAAUCGGCAUUGUAAUAAUUG